AUGUCGCCAAUACUCCUCUACCUCGUCGGCUUGGCACUCAUUUUCCUAUUCGUGCCCAUGGCGAUGGGCAAGUUGAAGCCUCGGACUGUGUUGCACCUCGUGCAGCACUGCCAUGCGGUGCUCCUGAAUGGCAAGAGCCAUUUGCGGUGGUUUGGCGGGCUUUUGUUCGGCAUACUGCCUCCCGUGGUCUGGACACUCAGCUUCAAGAUGGCCAGAAAGCUGCCAAACGAAUGGAGACCUCAGGUGAGCUCCUUGUGAUUGUUCCCGUGGUCCUACGACGAGAAAGACUGCUUGCUGAGUUGUAGCGGUGCUUUCAUAUCCUCGUUCAGAUUCGGACGCUGUUGCUCCCCCAGUUGGAAUCGCUGCUGCUCUCACCGGGGGGUGUCGCAGUAUUCACGCUUGCUCUACUGCUUCCAGUGCUUUAUCUCCGGCGAAAAGUCCAAGACCCCCGUCCAAUCUACCUGCUGCUAUUGUACCCGGCUUGGAUCAAGGCCUUGAACGCUGUCGCGCUCGGAACGACUUGGGUGCGUGUCUUACAGAGGCUACUCCACUUCCGUGCUCUGCUGCUAUACUCAUGAUGAAUCGGCUCCAUUUCGCAGACUGACUUUCAGGAUGUUCUCGCAUGGGUGUUUUACGGCGUUCUCCACUUUGCUUCACCCUUCUUGAUGGGAUGGUGGGCAUGGGGAUUCGCGCCGACAGGCGCGGCCCAAGCGUUUGGGUGGGCAUUGGGCCUGCAAAACUUAAGCGGAGUAAGUCUAACCAUCGAUGGGGCCCAGGCCAGGAGACGAUGGGGCUACGUGUGUUGAACCACUCCUUUCCACUUCUGCGCGCAGCUCUGUAUCCACCUGGCUUUCCCAAACGCCGCUCCAUGGUACAAGGAUACAUACGAUGCGACUGUCGUGCCAGACUAUUUCUUCCCUGGGUCCGCAGCAGGGCUGGUCCGGGUAGAUGCGGUGCUGGGGACACACCUCUACACCAAAGCUUUUCGGAAGAGCCCGGUCGUCUUUGGAGCAUGUGAGUGCUGAAUUGUCGUCGGCUCUGGCCUCACAGAGGAGCGUCCAGCGAGUGCUGAUGUGUUCGUGAACACUGUUAUGGCCAAUUGCAGUACCCAGUCUCCACGCUGCGACGGCCAUGUGCAUCGCCUGCUUCGUGGUAAGGUAUGGCGGGAAAGCUGGCGCAGCUUUCGCGCUCAUGUACACCUCGUUGAUGUUCUGGAGUACGCAAUACCUGCAUCAUCACUAUGCCGUAGAUUUGGUGGCUGGCUCGUGAGUAGCUGCUUUCUCCUGUUGAUGCGUAUCAUUAGCUCGGCUUCUGAUCCGUAUCUUCCCCUACAAUCUUCGCAGCGCCAUAUCGCUGGCCUACUUCUGGCUGAUCUCUCGGAUAGCGUUGAGGCGCAUCGACGACUCUUUCGUGCGCGACGCAACCACGCGCGGUAUCGAUCGGCUGCUCUGUCGCCCUGCACCACAUGCUAAUGACGACGACAGAGUGGCAAGGGAGGACUUGGAGGCCGCGAGGCCGAGCGGUCAGUGGUCCGUCUCACCUGGCCAAGCGCCGGCACGUCAGGUCACGCGAGGGAGGUUCUUUGGACAGAAGUCCCUGGAUCCUGUGCCCGAGAAGGAAGAAGGUUCUCAAGAGAAGUUAGAGCUUGUCGAGCGGAGCAGCGGUAGCUCGCACACCGACAGCGGCUCGGAUGACAGUCGGCGGAACAGCUCGGAGCAUCUCUCGAUAGCAUACAAGCAAAGAUAG